UGGAGCUGCUUUUGGAGUAGUUUCCCACUGCUUGCUGCGCUCUCCAUGGAACAUGGUUUGAACUAGACUGAGCGUGUGUGUGAGCAGGAUUGAGUGUGUGCAGGAAGACUGAGAUUGAAGAGGAUGAGCCAAGUUUGGGGUUCUCCAUACGAUAACACGAUGUCACACCUUCUGUCCCCAAGUGACUUCGGUACCAGCCUCAAGGACUUGAACAUUGUGGCCAUGUUGCAUAACUUUUGGGAGCAGAAGCAGGUGGAACAAGACAACCGGUCCGACAGCCGGAAGGGCUCUGCCAGCCAAUCAGAGGGCUUGUUGUUGUAUGAGUCUGCCCCUUCCCCAAGACCCCCUUACAUCUACUACGUCACUCUGCCUGGAGGAAGCUGCUUUGGAAACUAUAAGGAGUGUGAGACCCAGGCGGAAGCUCGUAGGGAUGCGGCGCGUGUCGCUCUGAUGAACUCUCUAGUGAACGAGCUGCCGUCUAGACGAAUCACUCCUCUGUUCAUCACACACAGCCUGCGGGAGGCUGCUUCAGCCAGCACCGUCUCUGUGGAGGAUGCCUGUGAUCCUAGCACCAGUUUAGGAGCCUAUUGUCUCCUGCUCCAGUCAUACACUGGCAGAACCAUGUUGGAGUUCCAGGAGGGGAUGACAGUGUUUCAGUUGUUACACUGGAACGGGACGUUGAAGAUUCUAAGGGAAAGACAGUGUUCCCGCCAGAGUGUGAUUGGUUAUUACUUGCAGCGGGGACUGGAUGCCAGCAUGCGCAGCAGCAUGGCUCUGGAUUGGCUGGGCAGGGAGCGGCAGACUCCAAUGCAGCUGAGGAUGGAGCUACGAGCAGCACAGAGGGAACUGGACGUGGCUAGGCGUCAUGGCAAUGAACUCCGCUUCUACAAGGAGAAAACAGAGAUACUUAGUCUGGCACUGAGUCAAGAAUUCACACACCAACCACACACAGAUAUACACGGACCACACACAGAUUCACAAGAAUCACCUGAACCACACAUCUACCACCAAUGAGUCGCACAUACACACACAAACUACAUGAACCACUUAAACCACACAUAAACGAUGAACCAUUAUCUAUCCAGACACAGCAUCUGAUCGACACAUGAAACCGUGAACCACCACAUACAUACACCCAGCUAAGCCUUUUUACAUAGAAAGUGAAUGUUGUCCCUGGUGGUAGAGAGAUCAACUCAACCAUAAAACCUGUGGGUUGAAUUAGAUGAGAACAACAGAUACAGUGUUGAUGUACUAGUUGGAACUAGGAAACUCAUUCCAACUAGCAUGUAAACAGUGGCAAGAGAAAAUAGGUGCUUCAUCAAGAGGGACUGAGCAGGUGACUAGGUCAAAGGUCACCAUUGACACUGCCAGGCUGCCUUCAACAUUACACACACAGAGAACUGUUUACCUUAUAGCUGCUGUCAAAUUCAAGACACAGCUGAGGAAGCUGACUGCUGUGUCUUCAAUGAGGUUUAAAAGGGAAUGUGAAAUAUUUGUGUACAUUUGAAAUAAAUACUUUGUCUGUCUGCUAUAUAAUUAUAUAAAAUAUUUCCAACUAGUUUUAAUUGGGAAGGCAGAUAAAGCGUUUUUUAUCAAAAGAAAAGCAAUCACUUGUGCGUGUGAAAACACCAAAUCCUACUCAUUACUCCACUGCUUAAUUACAUCACUUUUGUUUUGAGCGGAAUUCGACCUUGGGCUUUGAACAGUGCACCAGGGUGGCUACCUGCGCUGAACAAUGCACAGUGGUUCGCUAUACCAGGGCUAUUCAUGUCACAGUUAGAGCAGCAAUACUGUUUCCUCCAGCAUGUUGUUGGAAGACCAAAGCAAAUGUAAUAUAACGUUUGGGAACACACAAGUUAUGUUCUUGAUAAUCACAGAUAGAUUUAACUACACUAUAUAUGCAAAAGUAUGUGGACAUCCAUUCAAAUUAGUGGAUUCGGCUUUUUCCGCCAUAGGCCUACCCGUUGCUGACAGAGGUAUAAAAUCGAGCACACCGCCAUGCAAUAUCCAUACACAUAGAUUGGCAGUAGAAUGGCCUUACUGAAGAGCUCAGUGACUUUCAACGUGGCACCGUCAUAGGAUGCCACCUUUCCAACAAGUCAGUUUAUCAAAUUUCUGCCCUGCUAGAACUGCGGUGGUCAACUGUGGUGUUAUUGUGAAGUGGAAAUGUCUAGGAUCAACAACACUGGGAAGUGGUAGGCCACACAAGCUCACAGACAGGACCACGAGUGCUGAAGCGCGUAGCACGUAAAAAUAGUCUGUCCUUGGUUGCAACACUCACUACCGAGUUCCAGAGUGCCUCUGGAAGCAACUUCAACACAAUAACUGUUCCUCGGAGCUUCAUGAAAUGGGUUUCCAUGGACGAGCAGCUGUACACAAGUCCAAGAUUAUCAUGUGAAAUGUCAAGCGUCGGCUGGAGUGGUGUAAAGCUCGCCGCCAUUGGAGCAGUGGAAACAUGUUCCCUGGAGUGAUGAAUCACGCUUUACCACCUGGCAGUCCGACGGAUGAAUCUAGGUUUGGCGGAUGCCAGGAGAACACUACCUGCCGAAUGCAUAGUGCCAACUGUAAAGUUUGGUGGAGGAGGAAUAAUGAUCUGGGGCUGUUUUUCAUGGUUAGGGCUAGGCCCCUUUGUUCCAUUGAAGGGAAAUAUUAACGCUACAGCAUACAACGACAUUCUAGAUGAUUCUGUGCUUCCAAUUUUGUGGCAACAGUUUGGGAAGGCCCUUUCCUGUUUCAGCAUGACAAUGCCCCUGUGCACAAAGCAAGUUCCAUACAGAAAUGGUUUGUGUGAUCGGUAUGGAAGAACUUAAAUGGCCUGCACAGAUUCCUGACCUCUACCUCAUCGAACACCUUUGGGAUGAAUUGGAACACCUACUGCGAGCCAGGCCUAAUUGUCAAACAUCAGUGCCUGACCUCACUAACGCUCUUGUGGCUGAAUGGAAGUAAAUCCCUGCAGCAAUGUUCCAACAUCUAAUGGUAAACCUUCCCAGUAGAGUGGAGGCUGUUAUAGCAGCAAAGGGGGGACCAACUCCAUAUUAAUGCCCAAUAAUUUGGAAUGAGAUGUUUGAGGAACAGGUGUCCACAUACUUUUGGUCAUGCAGUGUAAUUUGAGUAUUUUUCUCCAAUAAACAAAUUAAUUUCAUGAACAUGUCGUUUUGUAAACAUAACGUUUGCAACACAAAUCCUUGGGACUUCCAUAUCCUUAACCAUAACCCUUGCCGUAACGAUUUUAAAUACAAACUUCAUAGGGUUAGGGACGUCCUAAGGAUCCCGAAUAGCACGGACCACAUCGAUAGGGUAACUAACAUGAAGGUAGGCAGGUGUGCACCCGGGUGGCAGAGAGAAGAGAGGCCAACUCAGCGGAAAAUCUGUCUCCCUCCAGCAGGUGGCGUUUUUUCGCCCACCAAGCAAGGAGUUUUUGUAUGGAGGACAAUGAGAGAGUAGAUUGAAUAGAAAUGUCGUAAUGCAUAAAUUGUUACGCGUCUACUGAUAUCAGUAGGACUAGAGACAUCCCGGCAAUUUUGAGAAAAAACACUUUAUAUUGGAUUUGUCUCAAGAUGGCUAUCCGUAUUUGAUGCAUGAGCCUAGUAAGCAUAGCGUCUCUCUCCAUUGAAUACAGGCGUUUGACGUCAACAACCCUCAUCGAAUAUUUAAAAAAUAUUACAAUAAUCGACGUAUAUACCAAUCCAAAGAAAGGAUACGCGGGAGCUAGACAACUUUGUGGACGACUCCCAUUUGUUAGGGCAGAGAGACAUGUAUUAUAAUUCAAUACAAAGAAUUUGAAACUAUAAAAGAUUAAGAAAAAAUCUAAUAUAUAUUGGGUGAAAAGUUGGCUGCCAAGUAUGUGUCCUCCUGCCACAACCUGAGGGACAGCCAGUGAAAAGUGCAAUGUAAUGUCGAUAAUAUUUCCCAUCUUGUUUUGUUUUGUCUUUCAUACCAUGUCAUGUGUCUUCUCAGUCAUGUUGACACUGGUCUACUACCAUUGCUUUAAUGUAUUGUUGUUCUGAUUAAUAUUGUUGUUGUAGUUGUUGUUAAUGGUAAUCCCAUGUCCACUACUACUAUUAUUAUUGCUGUUGG